UGAUGAAUUGAUUACUAACGACUGCGUCGUACCAUGUAAAUGGUACAAAAUAGUGUCACUUGAGGACUCGUAAGAUUCUUCGCAACGACGGCCUUUUUGAUCGUCACCGCGGCGAUGUCUUCGGGCAGGGGUUUAGUCUCCCCUUCAGGAGGACCCGUUGUUCGCUGCGGACAUGUAAAGAAACUGAAGACCCAAAAGAAGAAAUUCUUCGUCUUACGAGGCGAGGCGCCUGGAUUUCCCCCUUGUCUUGAAUAUUAUGACAGUAAAAAGAAAUUUGACAACAGGCAGCCGCCGAAGCGUAGCAUCUUGCUAGACAGCUGCUUCAAUAUCAAUAAACACAUGGACACCAAACACAAGCAUGUUAUCGCGUUGUACACGAAAGCCGAAUGCUUCUGCCUGAUCCUCGAGAAUGAAAAAGAACUGGACGAAUGGCUGAAUGAGAUGCUUUUACUUCAGGGCGGAGAUUUAGCCGAUGGAGAGCAACCUCGGCCUAUAUUUGAACAUGUGUGGCAAGUUACAAUGCAGAAAAAAGGACUUGGUGAACGAAAGAAUAUUCAUGGUCCCUAUAGGCUAUGUUUAACUGAUCGAACAUUAAGUCUGGUGAAAAUUGGGGAAACGGAUAGUUCAGAUUUUCUUGAAUUUGCUUUGAAUUGCAUCAGACGAUGCGGACAUAUGGAUCGUAUCUUCUAUAUGGAAGUAGGUCGUUCAGCAAUCACUGGUGGUGGAGAAUUGUGGAUGGAAGCUGAAGACAGCAACAUAACACAUAAUAUGCAUGUGUCUAUCAUGAAUGCUAUGAGUAAUUCUAGUAACAACAAAGAUGAUGUGGGGCCACGGCAGAGGAAGCGUAGUUCCUCUGCAACUGAGGCCAGCAAGCCAAUCUCUGUCUUACAACGUCGCCAUACUGGGCAAAAGGUCCAUAAUUUUUCACCACUUGAGGAACACAAGACGCACAAGGAGCAGGUGGAACCAGUGCAGGAACAGGAGCAGUCUAUUCAGACUCAGAGUACCUCUUGCAAUACAGUCACGGGUCCGAACGGGCGUGACAGAUGCGACAGCCUUCCAUCGAGGGCUCGUACCAGCAGCGAGAGUCAUCCUACAUCGGUAAUGAGCCAUUCGAGGAAUAGCCACUUCGCGUCUCACAUCCUGAGACCACAUUCGAUGUACGUGAAAGGCCUUUCCUAUUCACCACCGAUCGCUUCGAUGCCUAUUAGCCCCGCUUCUGGAGCCUGUUCCACGGACUCCGCGGGAUCAUCCCUCUCAAUGGACGAUGGUGGCGAAAGUGCGUUAGAGGAGAGCGCGGUCUCACGAUAUGGGCAUUCGUUGACGCCCGAUGAACCGGUCAUAUUAGAGGAGAAUGGAGACGAUUAUGCUCCUUGGUCUUUAUCACACUCGAAUCCGAAGUAUUCGCCAAAUUUCAAAUCUCAUUCUCCUUCCCAGCAGAGUUCCUAUAUAGAUAUGUAUAGUCCUUAUGGAUCGAGCCCUGGUCGCAGUGGAGCCUACAUGCCAAUGAGUUCGGGGACAGGUCAUUCGCAUUCACGAGGGUCAUCAUUAGUUGAGGAAAGUAAUACUUUACCAGAGGGUUACGUACCUAUGGCACCCGUUGGAAACAAUGGAUAUGUCGAUAUGGAGCCUUCGCAUAGUCACAAUGGCCAUUUUCCUGACGACAUGUCGCAACACGGUGGCAGUAGUUGUUCGGUUACUUCUGGCACGCCUAGCACAGACUUACGGUUUUCCGAAUAUCAUCUGGAUAAGGUGGCGAGCUUUCUACCACCUGGAGAUGAUUUAACUAGACCAGCGAGAGCUUAUUCGAUCGGUUCUCGGCCAGAACCCACAAAUAGGCACCGUAAAAAUAGAUUGGAUAUUACUCAACAGGAAGCCAGCAGGGUACGGGCAUUCUCUGUAGGUAGUAGAUCAAAGAAACCUGAGAUAGGGAGGUUUGCGAAUAUAAUACACGUAGCGGUGCCAGCCGGUUCUGAAAACUCAGGUUCUAGCAAAUCGAAUUCAGCGCCAUUGCUGUCUAGUUCUUGGGGACUGAAUUCUAGUUCCGCAGCAUCUGAACGUAUGGAAGACCUAAUGGAAUUGGACUUUACGAAACCCAGUAUUUCUACGACUUUCAAUUCAUCGCCUUCAUCAUAUUCACAUUCACAAUCACAGUCACAUUCAUAUUCUACUGCCACUGACACCAGUUCCUAUGUUGAUAUGUCUCCUGGACAACCGCUCUCGUCGACUACUGCCCCCUACGUCGAUAUGAGCCGCAUUAAUAAGAUCAAUCGUAAUAACAAUAAUAAUACUAUCACUGCCAAUCAAAAUCAUAGUCACAUACAUGUAUCAUCUUCCGUUUCUACACAUAAACCCGUAAUUACUACUUUGAAGCCAGUGGAAGAAGCAGAAGCGCCAUAUGUGAGAAUGGAUGGAGUAGUUGAAGAUUGGUCGCAAUCCAACGCGAGUCCUAAUCAAAUUUCAUCUCCUAUGCAAGAAGAGUGCGUGCAAUCAAACGGCCCACCAGGUGUUACGAGAACCGCGCCAGUUGAUCUUCCACGUCGUCCACCGGCUGAUUACGUCGAUAUGAAUUUUAAAUCGCGAACAAUACUAGAAUCGGAUUACAUCAACAUGAAUAUAAGUAAUCGAAAUAAUCGUAAAACACGGACGAGUAGUCGCAAAGAUAAGUCACGUUCCCAACCAAUUGCGAUUCAGGCAGGAAACAAACCCGUAAAAGCGCCUAAUUUCUUACCCUUGAAUGGAAGUCCAGAAUCGGAAAGUUUAGCGAGUACACCCGCGUCACCACCACGGGCAACACCAACGGGUUCUUCGGCAACUAUUUUCCCCUUUUCUCUGAAUAGCCCUCAGUCGCCCGAAAAAUCGUUCGGCCAUCAAAAAAAUAAUAGCGAAUCUUCCGAACUAAGCAUAACCAACGAAGAUUGUGCGAUCGUGGAAUCUGCGAAUAGAGUUAAUUCCGUUCCGGUGACAGACACGAACAGUAGUUUGUCGAAAGUAAUCAACGAUAGACCGUCUACUCCUCCAGGAAAAACUAAUCGAUUGAUAUCGGAUUUGUUAACCUCUCAAGAUAACAAGUUAAAUUCUGUAACGAAAAAAUUCUCCGACUUGAAUUUAUCGAAGCCUCGUUUGAUAACCGCGUCUCCUAACACCAGUCCCACGUUAUCAGGCUUUAAGACAGAGGAAAAUACAACAAUCGAAAAGCAACCGUCGUCGCCCAAAUUGCCGGAGGAAACACCGACGCCUACACCUACUGCUACAUCGAGUCCGUUAGAAAACGAAAAUUGCGACAAAUCGCAAUCUCACACGACAAGUUUGCACUACGCUAGUCUCGAUCUUCCCGAGACGGGAAGUGCGGCGCCAGUGUCGCCGGCGGCUCAGGACAGUUUCAAUUACGCUGAAAUUGACUUCCAGAAACUUAAGCCAAAUUAAGACGCCAUCUUGGUUAUGGACAGUACUUGUAUCGGUGUUAUGCGGUAUAGCCAGGCCGAUCUACAGAUGAUGGUUAAUGGAGAAAUUAAUUGGACAAGGCGAAAAAGUGAAGAAUGUAUUGAGAAAACUUUGGCAAAGUUUCCGUUAAUAAAAUGAAAACAAUAAUGAUUUCUAAAUAAAGUGAGGAAUUGAU